UAAUUAAUUCAAUUUUAACUAAUUUUUAUUAUCGAAAUUGCCCAGCUCUAACGAAAAUUACAACCAAGGCCGUCCUAUGAUUCACAAAAUAUGGAAAUUGCUUUGACACAUCACGUCAUUUGUCACUUUAAGUAAGAGGGUGUGUGUGUUUUUCGAGUUUUUUUUUCUUUUAUAAAUAAAACAAUUUUUAAAUGCCCAUAUCUCAUUAUGUAGUGAAUAUAUACCACAUAUUUUUAGCGAAUAGUCACUGUUUGAAAGUCGAUGAUAUAUCACAUAAUUAUUAAAUUGAUAGUAUCACUAGAAUAGAUUUUCAAGAUGAGCUUUUAUAACAUGUUUAAAAGAAAAAAACCAAGGGAGGAGACAACAGCAGCAAUUAUCGGCAACCCAACCAAUGUGAAUCACGAUAUUCACGUUACCGUAACAUCUGAUGGCAUUUUGGAGGGCCUACCUUCGUCCUGGGUCAGACAAAUUGGCACCCAAAUAACAAAGGCUGAACAACAUGAAAAUCCCGAAGUUGUCAAGAAGGUUUUACAGUAUUAUAACUAUUCGGUUAAGAAACAUGCAGGCCCCACACCUGACAUUAAACACAUAUAUACUCAGAAAGAUAUUGACGAGGAAUCAAAACAGAUGGAUCUAUACAUGCAAUCGAAAGACGCUCACAAAAGUAAAGAUUCAAAUUUGUCGGAUGAUUCUAGUAAAUCAGUUGAAUGCGAUAAUGGUACGUCCUUACCUUCAAUAGACCCAGUGGAAAUAGAAGAUAAUAAUCUUGUUCAAACAAAGAAAUUGGCGCAGACCAUAGAUAAUUUAACUAUAGAGGCUGAUGAGAUAGAGUAUAGACGUCCGAGUUUAGAUGAAAGAAAGUUUGGUAUUACGGAUGAAGAGUAUAUGAGUGAAAUUAAGAAAAUAUGUAAUCCCGGUAAUCCGUAUGAUUAUUAUGAAAGGACAUUAAAGGAUUUAGGAUCAGGAGCAUCGGGAAUGGUUUUUGCAGCAACAGAUAAAGCAACAGGAGAACUAGUUGCGAUAAAGGAUAUUGAUAUGACAAAACAAAGUAAAAAAGAGCUGCUGCUGAGUGAAAUCAAAAUUAUGAAAAAUUUUAGGCAUAAAAAUUUAGUUAACUUUCUGGAUGCAUUUGUCAUCGAUUAUGAUCAUCUAUGGGUUGUGAUGGAAUUACUGGACGGUGGUCCUUUGACUGACGUGGUGACGGAAACUAUCAUGAAGGAAGGUCAGAUUGCUGCUGUUUGUUAUGAAGUUUUACAAGCCGUCAGUUACUUGCAUAAUCGAGGAACGAUUCACAGGGACAUAAAAUCUGACAAUGUGCUGCUUGGUAUGGAUGGAACAGUGAAAGUUACUGAUUUUGGGUUUUGUGCAAAUGUUAUUGGGAAUGAACAGAGGGAAACUAUGGUUGGCACGCCAUAUUGGAUGGCACCCGAAGUGGUAACCAGGCAGAAAUACGGAAAGAAGGUGGAUAUUUGGAGCUUGGGUAUCAUGAUUGUGGAAAUGCUGGAAGGAGAGCCGCCAUAUUUAAAGGAGCCCCCUAUACGAGCAUUAUAUUUAAUAACAGCAAACGGCAGACCAAACAUACCCAGAUGGGACAACUGUUCCCCCAAACUAAAAAGCUUCAUCGACGCCUGUUUGCAAGUGGACGUAGACCAAAGAGCAACAGCCGACGAACUUCUGGAACACGAAUUUCUUCAAGAACGAAUGGAAUUACGAAGUUUAACUCCUUUGAUCAGAGCGGCCAAGAGGAUUCUACACAAAACAUGAACGAUUCAUAGGUUUAAUUUACGUGUUUUUAAUUUUAUACAUAUUUUGACUUUCCUUGAGGUAAAGGAAGCUAAAAAGCUAAAAAUAUAGCAUCUCUUUGAUGUAAUGGUGAGUGGUUAACCAAAUAAGUUUAUAUAUCGGCGAGUAGAAGCCUUUUUUAAGUGCCAUUUUUAAAAAAAUUAUAAAUAUAUUUAUUGUUGUUUUUGGCAA